AUGGAGAUUCCACUCCGUCAUCAGAUGCUCGAUUGCACGAGCACUGCCUCUUCAGAAAUAUUGACUGAGACACUCCAUGCCAUCACCGACGUUAAGCUAGCGCAGCUCGAGGAACAGCAGCAGUCGUAUGAGCUGGGGAAACGCGCUUUGCACGAUGCUCUCAAGGACGAGCAGCACAGUAGGAAGAGGGUCCAAUCAUUGAUUGAUGGCGCCAAGAAGCUUCCUGCCAUGACACCAUUAGGACGCGAUCCCUCCAUCUCAAUCGACAAUUUGCGACGCUUUGUGGAGCAAGCAGAGUUUGACCCUUCGGUUAACCCCGACUUCUUGACCGAAUACGAGAGUACUAUCAACAAAAAGCUCGACGAGCAGUCGGCAAGAUAUGAAUUUGCGGCGUUAUACGGGCGUUUGGUCAAGGAAUGGACGUCUUCUGGUGGUGGAAGUGCGCAAGACGGCGAGAAUAUGGUCGGUCGAGAGGAGAUGCAUAAGCAACGUGCCACCUGGAAAGAAUAUGUGUUCAAUCCUAAGAACCUCGAUGCCGAUGCGAUCAAGUCUUAUCUCGACCAACUCUUCACAAAGAGCGAUUCUAAUGCUGUGAAGGAUGCUUUCAAGACUCUCCAAAAAGAUAUCGAGGAGUUCCAGAAAAGCUGGGAUCAUCAAGUACACUUUAACGAGAACACCGUGACCAAGUGUAUCAAGAGCAUUUUGAAGGACGGAGCCCUCUCUGAUCACAAGCGAGCUGCUCUGAAUGGCUUUUUGGGGAACGACAUGGUACUGAAAGAGAUUGCGGACGUCUUGAAUAUGCGGAUGGCCUCCCGCGAUUCUUUCGAAUGGAGUGGCAUCACUACAAUAGAGCAGCGCCGUCACCUCAACGGCCGGUACCGUUUCUUUGCUUCUGACGACGAUGUGCUGCAGACUAUCCUCAUGCAGUACAUUGGUUUAAAGUGGGCGACUGAGAUCAAGCGAGUGCUGAGGCGAUUCAUUUCGCAAACCGACGUCCUUAAAUCGGCCGAACGGACAUUGACUUGGGAUGAGCGACGUCGCCGGCGGUACCUUUUAGUGGGUGACAAUGUGCACCAUUCUUCUAGAAGCGUAGAGUCACAGGAGAAUGGAUAUUGGAAGUCUGAAAUCUUUCUUGACCAGCUUCCCAAUGAGAUGUUUGAGGAACGCUCUGGUUAUAGCGAUGAGGGGCAAGAGGAUGACGGAGAAUACGGCCGGAGCAGUGCUCUCAGCGUGACACAAGGCUUGCUCAACCGAAUCCGAACCAAUGUCAUGAUACGACGACGUCUAGAUAGGGAUACCACAGUAAUUCGUUCCGACUUCAAGUGGUUCGGUCCUUCGCUUCCCCACCAGUCAAUCUUCGUUGUUUUGGAGCAUUUUGGCGUCAACAAGGAGUGGCUUGACUUCUUCAAGAAGGCGCUAGAAGCACCCUUGGUAUUCAAAGACGAGGCAGGAUCCGCACCCCAGAUCAGAAGAAGAGGAACUCCAAUCAGCACAACCCUGGAAACGUUCUUCAGCGAAACAUUGCUGUUUUGCUCCGACUUUGCUGUAAAUCAGAGAGCUAACGGCUCCCUACUAUAUCGUCUCCAUGAUGACAUCUGGCUGUGGGGUGACAGUGAAACAUGUGCCCAGAGCUGGAACGCCUUGACCGAGUUUUCUGAUGUGAUGGGGAUCGAAAUUAACGAGGAAAAGACAGGCUCUUGCACAGUUUUGGCGAAAGGAAGCAAGGAAACCACAACAAGUUCCGCUGUCUUGCCGGGAGGCGACGUAUCCUGGGGCUUCCUUAAGCUUGACCCGGAGACAGGUCGUUUUUUAAUCAACCAGGCUGAAAUCGACAAGCAUAUCAGCGAGCUAAGCCUACAGCUAAGUGCGUGUGGCAGUGUUUUCGAUUUUAUUCAGGCCUGGAAUCUUUACGGUGGCCGAUUCUUCCAGGCACACUGCGGUCAGGUCGCCUGGUGCACUGGCCGGCAGCAUGUUGAUGAAAUACUCAAGACCUUCCAGAGAAUCCAAUCUGCCUUGUUUCCGUCUACUUCUGGAAACCUGGGCCUCUAUUUGAAGAAGAUGAUUGGGGACCGGUUGGGGCAUGUGCCUAGAAUUCCGGACGGCUUUCUCUACUACCCCUCCACGAUGGGGGGUCUAGGGGUCCUCAAUCCGCUCAUAAGCCUGUACAUCAUCCGGAGCGAUAGCGCAAAAAAUCCAGAAGUUUUCAUGGACGAAUUUUUCGAAGCCGAGAGGAAGAGCUAUAAACAGGCGAAACAGAGAUACGAGGCUCGAGAAUUCGAGAAGAAAGGACGGCCUAUUGCGGAUAAGCUCGGAGGUGAUUGGGAAGACCUCCGGGGCAAGCCCUUUAUGAGUUUCGAAGAAUAUAUACAAGACCCUGAUCUCACAAGCAACACACAAGGAGAAUGCUACAGGAAAUUACUCACCACACCUCAGCCUCGCGGAGUUGAAAUAUCAGGACAGGAUAAACUCAAGGAGUUUGAGAAAAUCUCUCCCGAUGAUAGGGAUUGGACAGAUUACGAGAGAUGGGUCGUUGAGCUAUAUGCAAAGGAGAUCAUCGAUCGCUUUGGAACUCUGGUUAUCAUUGAGAAGGGGUUACUGCCGACCAGUCUCGUGACGAUGCUGAGGAACAAUCGGUUCAAAUGGAAAAAUUGA